UCGAACAACCUGUUGGUCGUGUGACUUAUCUUGGCGGCGGCGACGAGUCUGUAUUGAAGUUACAAUGAAGAACCACCCCUCUCCACGCCCCCACACCUUCCAACAAUUCAACGCCGAAUUAAACGACUUCUACAAGUCCCUGAAAGACAACAACUUCACCGACGCCGAAAUCCGCAAAAUCUUCGCCCCCUUAGCCCCUCCUUCUUCCACAACCAAACACUUAGCCCUCCUUCUCGCCCCCAUCGCCCUCCUCACCCUCCUCUACCUCCUCACUUACAUAGACUCCAUCUCCUGGCACUUCUCCGCCCUCGGCCGCAUCCUCCUCAUCAAGCUCCUCCCCCUCUGGGACUGGACCGCCCUCAAAAACGCCAAAUGCCUCAUCGACAAGCCUUCCCCGCCCCCCGCCGACCCGCGCUUCAACUGCGACCUCUGCGAAACCCUCCACGAGAUCGACGUCUACGACACCAUCUCCACCGACUUGCUGAAAAAGCGCUACCUCGACGUCCACGUGCCCGUCAUAAUCAAGCAAAGCUUCCCGAAGUUUGACUCUUUCAUCGACGACUUGGUCGCCCACCCCGACAUAGCCAACUCCAAGCCUUGCGGUUUGUCCACGAAUGUCCACAACGACGUGCCUCCGGUGAAAGAUCUGCUCGGCAGGACGGAGCUGUUCGAUAGUUUUUUUCUGCAUUUUCAAAACUGCGAUUUUCGCGCCAUGAAGCAGUUUCGGGCGUUUGCGCCGCGCCCGCGGUUUGUCCCGCCCGAGUUGUCGCCGGUGCAGUUUAAUUGGCUGUUGUGGAGCAGGAAUUACAACGUGAGUCAGUUUAAGGAGAUCGGGUUGGUGGAGAAGGUGACGGUGGUGGGGCAGGUUUUUGGCGGGAACUUCGUCAGGUUGGUGCCGCGGAAGAACUGCGCCGAGGAGUGUCCGGUGAUUGACGUGAAGCUGGGGGAAGGGGAGUCUCUCGUGUUUACGAGUCUGUGGAAUUUGGAGUACAGGCCGGCGAUUGGUGAAAAUGUUGCGGUUAUUUUGGAAAUGCAUUAAUGUAAUUGGUGGAUGUUUAAAUUGGUUGGUGUUGUAGUCACAGACGUAGAAAGAAUAUGGAGCGUCGGGAAUAAACUUCAGGUGUGGAAUUUUAUUCUGGUGUUUAAUAUGACACACUUUACGUCUGUAUUCUUUCUAGGUGUGUACUUGUAAUGUAAAGAAAAUUAAAGUGAUCUG